AUGGAGAUACAGCUCCUACUUGCUCUACGGUACUACGCAACUGGUUCGCACCUUAUUGCUUCUGGGGACUUCUCUGGAGUUAGCAAAACUAGCGCUCAUAGAAUUAUUCACCGAGUGACUGCUGCUAUUGCUGGACUGGCUCGAGAAGACAUUAAAAUGCCUUCUACAGAAGCAGAAGUUACUGCUGCUCAAGUACAUUUCUAUGCAAUAGCACGUUUCCCUAAAGUUAUUUCGGCAUUAGAUAGCACUCACGUUCGAGUGCAGUCAUUUGGUGGGGACGAUGCUCAAGUGUUUAGAAAUCGAAAAGGAUAUUUCUCCAUAAACGUUCAAGCCAUUUGUGAUAGUGGCAUGAAAUUUACCAGUAUUGUGGCACGUUGGCCAGGAGCAGUUCAUGAUUCCACUAUUUCUCGAAAUUCUAGGCUAUGCGCUCGAUUGCAAGCUGGUGAGUUCAGGGACGCAAUAAUAUUGGGAGAUGGAGGAUUUCCGUGUUUGGCGGCAGGAAUGCGCUUCAAAGUUGAUCAUGUGCUUCCUGUGAUAGUAUCAACUGCGGUGUUGCAUAAUAGAGCCCGUCUCGCUGCAGAGAAUCUGCCCUCCGACAAGCCUCUUCUAAAUGUUCGUUCGGACGAAGUUUUAAACGAGGAUCUUCAUAACCGUGAUAACCUGCCUGUCGAUGAUGGAAAUUCACUUCGAAACAUUAUUGCCUAUUUUCAAAGUUUGAUUGAUCAACAAUAA